GAAGCAGACAAGAGUGUGCUAGCAGCUUGAAGCUUCUACCGUUUCGUGUUUGAUCUUCACAAUUCAUCAAAAUUUAAACCCAAAAAUUGUUUCCUUCUCGAUCUCUCUCAAGGUGAAAGCACUGAAAGACUACCAUGGCAACAAGGCAGGCAGUUAGAUUUGUGUCUCGCAGGUUCUCAAGCAGUGGCAAAAUACUUAGCGAGGAGGAAAAGGCUGCAGAAAAUGUUUACAUCAAGAAAGCCGAGCAAGAGAAGCUGGAAAAGCUUGCACGAAAGGGCCAACAAGCAGAAGCUACAUCGGGUGGUUCAGGUACAGGUUCAGGAAGCAAUGCAAAUCCAAGUGAGUCCAUUGCAUCAACAGGUGGAGUAUCAAGCGACAAGAACAGGAAUUAUGCGGUCAUAGCUGGGGUUGUGACCGGUCUUGGUGCCCUUGGAUGGUACCUUAAGUCGAAGAACAAAAAAACCGAGGAACUCCAUGAUUGAACGAGACUUUUGAGUGUGUGAAAAUGGUGUCCUUUCUCCGUCUUCCUUCUGUGUUGGUUUAAGAUGAACAAACAAUAAGAACGAGACGUUUGUAUGAGCUGUUGGUGCUGUAGUUUCUGUUCAUAUAGGCCAAACGUACCAUCACACCCGUAUUAUGGUAUGUUUUCCAUAGAGCAUGCUUUCAUCGGCUAUAUGCUUGUUUAGGUACUUGUAGAAAUAAACAUACCCAUGGCUGACCGACUCAUUUUCCAUGUGAGGAUUACCAAAGGAAGUAUGAUGAACAGU